ACAUACCUGGUCGCUGUGUUAAUCUGACAACACUUCUACCAUCAACGGUUCAGGUGGACGCUACACUCUCAGAGCUCAUCUUCAGUAACUUUGGACUCGAUCCAGCAAAAUGAAGGUUAUUGCGUGUCUGCUUCUUGUGGCCUUCAUCUAUUGUGUUGGCCAUGUGGCGUCCCUACAGUGCUACGCGUGCACAGGUAUGGGGACAGGUACUGACUACGACAACUGUCUCAACAAGAUGGACACCUGGAACCUGACGACCUGCCCUGCUAACACCACCAACUGCUUUUCUGUGAAGUUGAUGCUGAACUCAACCUACCAACUGUACGGUCGCGGCUGCGCGAGGCAGAGUCAGUGUUCCACAUCAAAACUCACCAACGCCACCGCUGCCUGCCUGGCCGUCGGAGCCAGUGAUACCAGCAGUUGUACAAUUACCUCUUCGAGGUGCUGUACCUCUGACAAGUGUAACGGGGGGACGGCUGUCCUGCCACAGGUUACGAUGAUAUCAGCUCUGAUCGCCGUGUCUCUGGCCGCAGUGCUACAAUGAGACCAGGCUCUGGUGGUUCCUCGACCCCCCCCCCCUCCUGAGUUGUGUAUCGGGCAUUUACAGUUUGACACAAUUGUUUCGUCAAGCUUAAGUCAGGUCUACACUUUCGACUCUUGGCAAAAUUUUAAAUUCUUUCCGUCUGGAUUUGAGUCAAAAUUAGACUGCAGAAAUGAGUCAAAAUUAAAGAAAACUGCUGAAAUGGGUCAAAAUGAAAGAAAACUGCUAAAAUGAAAUGUCAAAAUUAAAGAAAGAAGAAAAUUGUGUCAUUCUGAAAGAUUACUUUUGCUUAUGAAGGGACCGUUUUAUUAAGAACCGUCUCUGAGGCUUUGAAGUAGUCUUUGUCCUGGAUGUCAUUAUGGCCGUCAAUUUUUUGCAAAAUUCAAAACAGGAUUCUGAUUGGUCAAACUUGCAAAUACGUCAGUGUUCAGCGCUUUUCUGAUUGGUGAAAUAGAUACAAAAUCUCUUGAAGGCCAUGAUGACAUCACAAUGCAAUUACAUUGGAUGUUAUAUCUUAUAUGUAGGUCGAAUGUGUGUAGUAUGACGUUGAUGACGUGUAAUAGUGUGAAUCUUUGACAUUUUGUGCACGUAUAUACGUAGUUUAACAGGAUAACAACGAGUACCCGCUAAGC